AUGUAAAGAUGGUUUGAAAGGAUUUACAUUCUCUGCCCUCAGGUUUAUUGUAGGGAAGGAAGAAAUUCCCACACAUUCUUACUCACCAGAAGCGGCAUAUGCAAAAGUGGAACAGAAGACAGAGAAACAUGAGCAAAAGCCAAGAAGAAUGAAUGUAAUUGCUCUAAUCAGGAAACUUGUGGAUUCAGUAUGUAAGCAUGGACCAAGGCAUAGAUGUUGCAAACACUAUGAAGAUAAUUGCAUCUCUUAUUGCAUUAAAGGUUUCAUCAGAAUGUUUAGCGUGGGAUACUUGAUCCAGUGCUGCCUCCGAAUUCCCUCUGCAUUUCGGCAUCUGUUUACACAGCCAUCCCGGCUAUUUUCUCUCUUCUACAAUAAAGAAAACUUCCAGCUCGGAGCUUUUCUGGGCUCUUUUGUUAGUAUAUACAAGGGUACUAGUUGCUUCCUGCGCUGGGUCAGAAACCUGGAUGAUGAAUUGCAUGCUAUUAUAGCUGGCUUUUUGGCAGGAGUAUCAAUGAUGUUUUAUAAAAGUACAACAAUUUCCAUGUAUUUAGCUUCCAAGUUGGUAGAGACAAUGUAUUUCAAAGGCAUUGAAGCAGGAAAGGUUCCCUAUUUUCCCCAUGCAGAUACUAUCAUCUAUUCCAUCUCUACAGCAAUUUGCUUCCAGGCAGCUGUGAUGGAAGUUCAGACUUUGCGACCAUCUUACUGGAAGUUUCUUUUAAGACUCACCAAGGGCAAAUUUGCUGUCAUGAACCGAAAAGUCCUUGAUGUUUUUGGUACUGGUGCGUCUAAACACUUUCAGGAUUUUAUCCCUAGGUUGGAUCCAAGAUAUACAACUGUAACACCAGAGUUGCCCAUCGAGUUUUCUUGAAGAUGACUGUAAUUUAUUAAUGUGACUUAAUGUUUCAUUAUUUUAUCCUGAAGAGUUAACUAUGUUGAAACACAAAGAAGGAGUCUUGAGCUUGAACUUCAGUGUUAUUUCAAUGAGAGAUACUCUUUUCUUGUUAGUUUUUCUUACCAGUCAGAAGUACAGAAGCUUUUUAGGAAGGUGUUGCUUAAUAAUUAAGCGCCCUCUGUAGCCAGAAUCUGAUUCUGGGUCACUUGUAGUGGUUGACAUUAUGAUAUAUUAUUGAUUAAAUUAUGUCUACAAGCAAUCUUAAAUAAUCUACAUAGAAAUGUAGUAACAAAUAAGAGUAUACUUAAAAUUACCUUAAAAUAUGUUUUUAGUUCAUUCCAGUAUAAUUCUUGGUUAAAACUAAGAAUAUUUCUAUGUUUUAGGAUACAGAGGAUCACGGGUACAUGGAUUUGGUCUGUAUUUUUUUUUAACUUUUGAAUUGGUAACUAUAGUAGUGAAAUAUUAUGGAACUGAAGUAACUCUUCCCAGCCAAUGCUGCUUUAGUGUGAAGAAAUUUAAUUGAAGAAAGUGGCCAUUCUCACUUCAGGGAUGCGAAGACGGGUCUUGUGCUGUUCGGAUAAAUGCCGUGGUAUCCAUGCUCCCCUUCCACUGAUACCUUCAUCUCUCUUCAUGGUCAGUCGGGCUGUCUGGCAGCCCAGUGAGCCUAUGUACUAAUGGCAGGUUAGGAGCAAAUGGAAUUUGACAUAUCUGAUAAAGCUGAAAUGUAUGUUUUAAUCUUUUACAGAAGCAUUACACUUGAAUAUUUAAAAGCAAAUGAAGUUGCUUUUAAACCUCGUGAAGGUGUACGGUGUUUGUUUGCAUUUAUAAGGACUGAAUUCUUCAUAGCUCGGUUUGUCUGCCAUCGCUGACUUAGAAGGGAUCAAAAGUAGUUUGGGCAAAUUUGUCAGUUUGUUCCCUCUCCACCAUCCCACCUUUACAGUGGAUAUUUUACAGCUACAAACAAUAUAAAAAUCCAGUAGUUGUUAAAAGUCCAUUUCAUCACUAUGGGAUUCAGGUUCUCUAGCCUCUUUUCAAAAACUUAUUGUUUUUAUUCCUGUUAGAACAAAGAAGUGACAAAAUGUAGUGUUGAUUAUGAGUUAGUUCGGGACAGCUGUGAUUGAAAUAUGAUUACUCUUCAGAGUUUUUCAGGGAAAAGUCAUACUUUUCUAACUUAAUAAAAGGCUUAAGUGGUUAUGAUGUCUAUAGUUAAUGCAACAUAUAGGGAUAAUGGUAUAUUUUUUUAAUAUCAUUUUGUUGCUGAAAAGUUUUGGGCCGUUGUAAAUUAAUUAUGCAGUAGAACUUGUGUUGCAACAAGAAUUAUAACCCAGACUUUUAAAAUGCUUAAUCCGCCGUAUUCAAUUUCACCAAGCCCUGUAUAUUUCUGUUCACGUGUAAUCCUGUCCUUAGUAGUUACGGCAAAUUGAAACCCAACAAAAAGACAGACUCUGAUACCGUGGUAACAGAGCCACUUUAAUGAGGUCAAAAUUUUGCAUUGUGAUUAAUUUUUUAGAAUUGACUUGUCUAUUAGGCAAUACUGUUAAGGAAUCAUUUUGGUUUCAAACUUCAAAAUUGCUUAAUAAAUUAAGUUUUCAGUUUUUAUUCCUAGAAUCAAAAUGAUGAUUGGUACUGUGUUUAAUUUUAAAAAUGAAGUAUUACAGCAGUGAAGAAAGCACUGCUUCCUGUACCUCAUUUUCUUUAUUUAGAAAUUAUGUUUAUAAUAUUUUUCCUGUCGGUUUAAAAGAAAAACAUUUUAAUUCAUACGUUGCUGUUUUCAUGAACAUUAAAAAAGCUAUAAUGUUGAAAGGCAAAUCCUACUGAAAUUGGAUGAGAUUGUUUAGUAAAAUCUUACUGUCAAAAGGUGCAUUUCUAUGAUUUCCUUUUUUUUUCAAGCUACAGUCAUUUUUUAAUAUAAAAUGUAAAAUGAAAUAACCGUCAUGAAGCAGAACAUGAUAAUGAAUGUAUAGCUUUAGUGAAUAAUUAAUGAAUUUUCAGGGGUGAAAAGAGAAAUCCAAUUUGAUUUCAUUGAGGCAGACUGCACAGUGUAGCUGUUUGAGAAAACAGACACUGUGUCUGUGCUCCUGAAGACAAUCAAAAUGAUAUCUCUCUACCUCUAACCAAUCAGGUAUCAAUAAAACAUGUGACACCAUAAAUAAAGUCAAAUAGAUGGUUUUUUUAGUCCAUUUAUACACUAAGGAAAUUGUGCCUAUGUUAAGUUUCCACCAGAACUGGUUACAGCGAACAUUAAUGUGUAGACUGCAAAACAGUGCAUCGGAGUAUUUGUAGUAGUGUGGUUGUUUCACUGCUAUUUCCUGUGUCAUAAAAUCCUAGGGUUUGUACCA